CACAGAUUACAAUUACACUGCAGAAAGAAUCACAAAACGCCAACAAAUACCUUCUUUCUGUUAUCUUCUGUUCUGUACUUCACUCACUCAGCAGAUAAAGAUCAAAUUUAAAUCCACACAACUUCAGGUUCAAAGACAGGAAAGCCAGCCCGCCCGCCCUUGUUGGGAUCACAAAAUGCAUCCCAAAUUUUGAUAUUAACUGUUCUUUCUUUCUGGUAAGGUUAAAGAUCUAAUUUUUAUUUUUAUUUUUGCAAUCAAAUUUCAAGAAUAUGGGAAAAACAGGCAGGGACUGGAUGCAGAUCUAUGCGAUCUAUGGAGUAGAUGAUUGGCAGACGCCAUUGUUUCUCCUUAUUAACGCUAUAGGCUUUUCGAUUCUUUCAGUCAUCUUCCUUCUUUACUUUGAGCCCAUUUGCUAUCUCUUCUACCACUUUCUCCCUGGCCCAGGAUCAGCUCGCUUUGCGGCGGGGUUUAGUGGAUCAGUCACAGCUCUCUCCGCCAUCUGUCUCUUCUUCUCCGCGGCUAAUUUCUUUUACUCCGCCGUCGCCCUCCACUGGGAAAUGUCUCAGCGUAUAGUUGCCUCAAUCCCUGACUGGUCCUCCGUCAAGCACGCACUCGACCUCGGCUGCGGCAGGGGCAUCCUCCUCAAUGCCGUCGCUUUACAGCUCAAGAAAUCUGGUUCUUCCGGCCGGGUUGUCGGGCUCAACCGGACACAGAACGGAGGAAAUCAAUUUCCCAUCCCGACCACCACACUCCGAACCGCCACCCUCGAGGGUGUCCAGGAGUAUGUCACGUGCCGGCCAGGUGACCCAAGAACUCUUCCGUUCAGUGACAACUACUUCGACGUGGUGGUUUCAGCCGCGUUCGUGCAUACAGUAGGAAAAGAGUUCGGACCCAAAUCCGCCGCAGCAGCAGCGGAGCGGAUGCGCGUGUUGGCUGAGGUGGCGCGUGUGUUGAAACCCGGCGGAGUAGCAGUGAUUUGGGACGUAGUGUACGUGCCGGAGUAUGUGGAGAGACUACACGAAUGGAAGAUGGAGGAGAUUAGGGUGUCGGGGCGCGUGACGGCGUUCAUGGUCAGCAGCCACAUCGUAUCAUUUCGGAAGCCACGUCAGCAUUUUGUGGGGUCCAAUGAAGUCAGAUUGGAUUGGAGAUUCAACAAUCUCUGUUGAAAAAUAAAAUCAUAUGAAAAAGUCAUAUGAUUAUAAUUUAUAUUGUGCUUUUAUUUUUAUUAUUUUUUUUGGUCUUUUUGAGUUGUAGAAGAAAAACUAAAAUGGGCUGGUGAUACGAAGUAGAACCAGUUAUCCUUUCUAUGAGAGUGAAAUAUAUACCAUUGUAAAUAUCAAUAUCAAUAUUAAAAAUUA